UUUCUGCUCUUUUCUCUCCUGUGUUGCUUCGUCGCCGUUUCUAUGCAAGUCAUGCAAAAGUUGUAAUUUAAAAAAAACAAAAAAAAACAAGAGCAUUUGCGGCGCAGAGGUGAUAAAGACUGAUUUCUUUUCUUCUGCCCUGCAAAUAAAAGCUCACGCGCCACUAUUAACGUCGACAUCUGGAUUUGCGGCUCAGCGGCUGCAGAGCUUUCAGCAAAGGCAUGAUGAUUGUUGUAGGAAGUGUCAGGCUCUUUUUUUUCCUCCUCUCCUCAAGCCGGGCUAUUCAAACCUGCAAAUCAAAGUAAACAAUCGUUCGUACGCUUAAUGCAAAUAUGCCACUUCCACGACCCAUCGCAAAAGCGUUUAAUUACACCUGGAGAAUCAUCUCCUUAUAAUAUUCGGAUCUGCAGAAUAUGGCGUCCAGUGCUUAUAAAAAUAAGACGGGGCUGCCAUUUUUGUUUUCCUUUUGUCUGAAAUUUUUUAAUAAACUGUCUGAGAAUGUGGGAGAGGCGGCGGACAGACCGGGGCGCUGCGGAGGAUCAUUUCUCUCGGGAGAUGCUCUCAUGUAAAGCUGAGGGGUCUCCGAUUUAUACAUCAGCUGCUGUUUCUUGUGGUGUUUGAACGGAGGAAUACUUCAGCACAGCAGGAUGGCUGAACCUCGCUUUAACAAUCCCUAUUUUUGGCCUCCACCUCCUGCUAUGCCUGGCCAGCUGGAUAACCUAGUCUUGAUCAAUAAAAUCAAGGAGCAGCUGAUGGCAGAGAAGAUCAGACCUCCGCAUCUGCCCACUGCCUCAGCCCCUUCCCAACAGACCUUACUGGCUCCCCCCAGCCAGGUGGAUGGCGGCCAGCACGGGAUGUCCAAAGGCCAGCAGAUGCACAUCCACAACCCCUCUCAGCCUGAUAUUGCGCUGCACGCUCGCCCCGCUUCCAGCUCAGUCACAGGUCGUAUUCUGGGGGAUGUAAAUUUGAAUCUGGACGAUAAGGCAGCUAUAAAAGCCAGAGGAUUAUGGGAAGACUGGCAUCUGCGGCAACUUAUAGACCAUCCCUCCAGGACAAACCACGUAUCAGGUGUGGCGCUGGCAUCCAGAACAGGUAACCUCAACACCUCAGAGAUCAUCACCCCCACUACACCCACCUCAAGCAGCCACAGCCGGCUGGGUGGAGCCCCCACACCUCACCUCAUCUCAGGGUUAGCCUGUGGCCACGGGAUGGAGCCUGGCAAAAACAAUGGGGGCCUCGUGGGACUUCUCGGCCCUCCCCCAAGGGAAGAACGAGGGCGUAAGAAGAUCAAAGCAGAGAAUGGGUCUUCUCUUUUGGUGGUACCUUAUCCAAUCCUAGCCUCAGGCAACGACCAGUCCUGUGUCACCAUCACUGCCAAGGAGGGAAAAACCUACAGGUGUAAAGUUUGUCCGCUGACCUUCUUCUCCAAGUCAGACAUGCAGAUCCACUCCAAAACACACACAGAGGCAAAGGCCCACAAGUGUCCUCACUGCACUAAGUCCUUUGCGAACGCAUCUUACCUGGCCCAGCACCUGCGCAUACACCUGGGCGUCAAACCUUACCGCUGCUCCUACUGUGAGAAAUGUUUUCGCCAGCUCUCACAUCUGCAGCAGCACACCAGAAUUCACACAGGGGAUCGACCGUAUAAAUGCGCCCAUCCAGGCUGUGAAAAAGCUUUUACUCAGCUAUCUAACCUGCAGUCUCACCAGAGGCAGCACAACAAAGACAAGCCCUUCAAAUGUUCCAACUGCUACCGUGCCUAUUCAGACUCUGCCUCGCUGCAGAUCCACCUGUCUGCACAUGCCAUCAAAAACGCCAAGGCCUACUGCUGCAGCAUGUGUGGCAGGGCGUACACCUCGGAGACAUACCUUAUGAAACACAUGUCUAAACACACAAUGGUGGAACAUGUGCUGUCCCAUCACUCCCCUCAGCACAGGACAGAGUCUCCCACCAUCCCUAUACGGAUCUCCCUCAUCUGAGAUCCCCCUCCGUCUCCAAUCAGAGAUGUCUGUUUUCUGUGAUUUCUGUGCUCCUCUGAUGGACAUUGAACCCUUAAACAGGUUCCAGAAAUGUGCCAGAUUGUACAAGUAUCUUGUGAAGAGGUGCUCUUUUAAUGAGUAUAUCCUCCUUUUCUUUCAUGCUGACCAGAUAGUAUUAUCGGGGACAUCCAAAGAUGACUUCUCAGCACUUUCAGGCCUGGAAAUGACAGGCCUAAAAAUGUCUUUUUCUAUGUGACUUCACAGGAAAAAAAAGUAUUGCUCCAGGCAGCUACAUGGAAAGUCUUUUUAAACUUUUGUUGUUAUAACAGAUUACAUUGUCUUUUUUAUAUGGUCCUUUACUUUCUUUACUCAAAUCUUUGCAAAAAUGAAUAUAUUUGCAUCAGAAAUAGUCUUCCGUUAGCUGGGUUGCCAAGUGAACAUAAAGGUGAAUGCUUAUAUAAAGUGUAUUCAUGUAUAUCGUAUCACUUUUUAUGUGAGUGUUUGCAAUGUUUCACCAAUCACAUGGGCCUAGUUCACACAUAAAUAACAACAAAUGUCAACAUUUUUAUUACAUUUUUUACCCUGUUGCCAACAUCACCCUGACCAGGAUGUGUGACUCAUAAUUAGCCAGAUGGAUAUAUUUUCUUUUACAUAUAUUUUGUAAUUCUAAAAUUUUAUGCUCAAACAGUCCUCGAGCUUAAUCUGGCUUUCGGUCUCCUAAAACUUAAGAACUGUGUAAAAAAGUGUUUAGAUACAAACUACUCAAUAACUUAAUUGAAACUUUAAUUGAUGCAAUGAAUGCGAGAACUUCUGUUUUCAAAUAGUUUAAGUACAGAAAGGGAAUCAAAGAUGUGUUUUAGUCAAAUUCAGUGAAAACCUCCCAAAAAUAUAAUAAUUUAAUUUGUCUUUGACAAAUGUACACAGUACUUUAUUUGUCCGCUUCGUAUUUGAUUGGGUGUGCAAAUUAGCAUUUAAGCCUUAACUUUGUUACAACUCCACGCUGUUGUUCUAUCACUUUGAAUUUGCCUUUUAUCUCAUUGCAUGAUAUAUACUGUAAAUACACUAUAAUAACUGUCAACUUGUUUUAUAAUAAAUAAUUCUAUAAUUACAA